UCUGGCCGGGACCGCGGACGGACUCUGCGCAUGCGCACGCCCCGGUCAUGUUGACGAAUGCUAAACCCGAGAAAGUCAACAUGUCCACCGCCGCCGCUCGACAAAACAAUAACGAAGAGCCCGGACUUCACGGCUCUUGGGUGGAGUUGGAGUUGAACGGAAACACGGGAGCUCAGGGCGUCCACGCCGGCUUGCAAACAUCAGCCGGUGCAGACCGAAUAAAUGCAAACGCCGGCUCGAGUCAGACCUUGCAAGUCGUGCCCGAGCUCGAUGAGACGCUGAUCGGAGGACUGGAACACGUGCCGUCGUCCUCCUCCAUUCACAAUGGAGACAUGGAGAAGAUCCUGUUGGACGCGCAGCACGAAUCCAGCCCGAGUAAUUCUUCGUGCGAAAGUCCCCACAGGCCGCAGAGUCCCAAUCAAGAUGAGGGUCAGAUCACUUUCGAUGUGGACAUGUCCAGUCCGAGAGGGAGUCAGUCAGAAGACGAAGGAGAAGGCACAGACAAAGGCAGAGAGGACGACAUCCUCAUGAGCAAAGAAGUCGAUUGGGUUGCUGACUGGUCCAGCAGGCCAGAAAACGUUCCACCCAAGGAAUUCCACUUCAGACACCCCCGGCGUUCCGUAUCGCUGAGUAUGAGAAAGAGCGGCGUGAUGAAGAAUGGCGGCGUAUUCUCUGCUGAAUUCCUCAAAGUCUUCAUCCCGUCGCUUCUCAUUUCACACAUCCUGGCUCUCGGAAUCGGGGUGUACAUCGGUAAACGAAUCGCCACAGCCUCCGCCAGCUCUUACUGAGCGAGCAGUGCCUGGAUGUCUUCCUGUCUUUCAAGCAGCCUGCGAUCACGUGUUUCUCUGCAGUCAUCGUACACACACACACACACACGUUUGCCCUCCUAAUCUAUGUCACAUAAGUCUACGUACACAUGUUGUAAUGUGGGUAUUCCUUCUCAUCUUGAUCCAAGGCAUCCCAGUUGACUUGCAUCCACUCGUUUUUAAAAAAGAAAAAAAAAAUCCUUUUCCCGAUGGGAAAUAUUCGUCAUCGUGUUCUACAUGCAAAUCCGACCGACUUUUGGCCUCAGAGGGUUUUGAGUUUCAGGAAGAGUCUCUGAAAUUUCACUCUUUUUUUUUUUAUUUUUAUUUUUUUUAUUUGUUGUUGUUUAAUCACGAGACAAUCUGGCCUCCUCGCCCGAGUCGCCGCACUCCGUCGCUCGGCGGCGUCUACGAGCCAAAAUGACGCGCCAUAUCACGUACGUGGAAAAAGUCCAGGUGGGGGCAGAAGGAACUUGCAAUGCCUUAACUUUCCGAGCUGAACUUUUCGAAGUGCAGUCGUCGAAGGAAACCAAUCAUAAUGCUGCACACAUGUUUUCCGAUUCGAAGCGUGAUCAUUUUUACCUUCAGUGAUUUUUCUUAACCUUGAUCUACCAUGCAGCCAGCCAACUUUAGCAUCUUGUGGUGUUUGUCUAUGUUAUGAUAGUGAAACUUCGGCCGGGCGGCAAUGUUACCAAGCUUGUUUUUGUUUUUUUUUUUUUGUUUUGUUUUAAAUUAUUGUUUUUGCUUUUAUAUGCAGUAUUUCUUUUUAACGCAUGGCAAAGUGUCAAAUUGAUAUAUUUUACCACUGCACAUUUUCAUUGUAUUGAUUUUUUUUUCGUUUUUCUUGAACUUCCCUGAAAAUGCUUUUGCUAUUUAAAGGCAGAUGUGAAGACACUUAAAGCUGUGAUCUGCUCCGUUUAAUAGAAACUCCCCGGUAUUGUAGCCAUAAGAUAUCGUAUUAUUGUAUCAAUAACACACCAUGUUCAUGCAUAAUAUAUCUGUUUAGUGUCAGUGGUGUGUUUUUGCGGUCAUUUGCGUCACUGUUGGAGGCACAACCCACCACUGAAUAAGCUUAGAUCCACAAGCCCGUUUCCGUCUAAAUGUAAACGUCACGUUUCCCGUGUGAUUUAAUAUGUAUUACGCGUGCACACCUCCAGAAGAAAUAGUACAUAGGCAAGCCUUUGCUAAUUUAACCGCAUGUAAUUUAUGUAUAUUGAUGCUUGUCAUAAUAAUGUAGAUUUAACGACAGGAUGACUCAAGUCACAAUGCGAUUGUGACGUAACGUGCAACCCGAACCUCUCGUUCUGACUGCUGUAGUAGGUUGGGGUUUAAAAACACUCAAUGUGGUUCUGCAGUGCAUUCCAUAACUCACGAUAACUCCUCAAUCUUAAAUAAAUGAAUAAUAAUA